AUGGUACCGAAGGGCCGACGAACCGGCGACACUUCGGCCUCCUCACGGGCGCGAGUGUCGGCCAGUUUGGCACCGUCCAGGACCAAAUUCUGCGGCGGCGUCGGCGGGGACCGUGAGGUGGAACUUCAUUACCCACGUCUUGAGAUGUCCUAA